AGCUGAAUUGCAAAGGGAAUAGUAACCAGCCUUUGAAUUGAAUCCCCAUUUCCAACACAUCAAACACUCUCUUCCCUCUUUCUCUCUUCCCUCCAACUUCAUGUGUAUAUGUAAUCCUUGAGCCCAUAAAACACACAUCAGUUUCCCCCAAUUUCUGUUGGUAAUAACCAAACAAACCACUUCCAAACAAUUAGCUAGUUCAAUGAUUUGAAAAGAAAGAAAGUGAUGGGGGAUUUUGUGUUUAAUUUAAAACAUGUUUUGGUGGUAUCUUUAGCAAUGAAUAUGUGUUUGAUUUGGAAAAUAAGUUAUGAUGAAGAAACAGUAGCAAAUAAAUGGAGUAGCUGGGAGCAGAAGCUUGGGUUGUGUUUUAAUGGUGAGAAACACAAGGACCAUGACACCAUACUGGCAACGACGUCGUCUGCUGCUGCUGCUCCUUUCGUUAGGGAGAACACUGCUGUAAUCAAUCUUGACCAUGGCGACCCGACCAUGUAUGAGAACUUUUGGAAACAAAAGGGCAAAGAAACAACCGUUGUGACUUCCAGUUGGCAACAUAUAAGCUACUUUUCGGACAUAAAAAACAUAUGCUGGUUUUUGGAGCGCGGGCUCAUGAGUGCCAUCACGAGGCUGCACAAAGUUGUCGGCAAUGCGGUCACAGAGGGUCGACACAUUGUAGUGGGAACGGGCUCUUCACAACUUUAUCAGGCUGCACUUUAUGCACUUUCACCUCAUAAUGCUUCGGAGCCCAUAAACGUCGUGUCUGCUGCUCCAUUUUACUCGUCUUACCCGCUGAUGACAGACUACUUGAAAUCCGGGCUACACAAAUGGGCUGGUGACGCAAAGGAGUUUAACAAACAAGAACCUUACAUUGAGCUAGUCACAUCUCCUAACAACCCUGAUGGAUCCACAAGACAAGAUGUAGUCAAAAGGGAUAAAGGAAUCUUGAUUCAUGAUCUUGCUUAUUAUUGGCCACAAUACACACCGAUUUUAUCGCCUGCAGACUACGAUAUAAUGCUCUUUACUGUCUCCAAAAGUACUGGCCAUGCUGGUUCCCGAAUCGGUUGGGCUCUUGUGAAAGAUAGAGAGAUUGCUAGAAAAAUGACCACAUUUAUAGAGAUCAACACUAUUGGUGUAUCUAAAGAUUCACAAAUCCGAGCAGCAAAGAUUCUGGAAGCCAUAUCCGAUAGCUGUGAUCAUGCCAACGAAAAAGAUGCGGAAACUUUCUUUGAUUAUAGCUACAAACUCAUGGCAGAGAGAUGGAAGGAAAUUAGAGAAGCCGUGAGUAAAACCGAGCUUUUCAGUUUGCCAGAUUUCCAACAGGAAACAUGUUCAUUCAGCGGCCGAACUUUUGGGCAGCUUCCUGCAUUUGCUUGGUUAAAAUGUGAGGGAGACGUGGAUGAUUGUGAAGGGUUUCUGAGGAAGCAUAAGAUUUUAACAAGAGGUGGGAAGCACUUUGGGGCUAGCAUGAAGUAUGUGAGGGUGAGCAUGUUAAGUAGAGAAAAAGAAUUCAAGCUUUUAACUCAGAGGCUGCCUGCAAUUGUCUCUUGAAAGAUGACGGGGCCGGUUAGAUCUGUAAAAAGAUGUUUUCUGUAUGUUGGUGAUGUUUUACGUGACUAUUUGUGCGGGUCAUUAGGCUUGUUCUUGACAAACCAUAAGUGAUCUAAAUAGCUGAUAUAAUUCAUGUAUGACCAACCUUAGUUCCAAGACUUCAUGAUGUUGUUGUGUUGUGUCGCGUGCGCGAUAUUUGUAAGGUAGAUUCUACCCAAAACUACUCCUAAGCUAAUCUACACAGAGUAUUGAAUGUGGAAA